CCGUGGUGGCUUCGUUCAUCCGCCCGAACCGUUCGCCCGGCGUUUUUUGGCAUUGCCCGGGCCAGCGAAGGGGGGGGCGAGCAGCAUAGCCUGGGGGCAGAAGCAUUGCGGGGCCCGGCCUGCAUGAGCCCCCCCCCCCAUUAUGUUUGGCGUGGAAUUGCUCUGCCGGGCCGGCAGUGUCCUUCGCGCCUAUUUGUUUGCGCACUUGUCUUAUCGACGCAGGCUGCCCACUGAUUUUUGCCACCGAUCGGGACUCGUUCUCACCCCAGCUGUAAGCAGAUCAAAGAAGCCAGCGCAAGACGGACGCCUACUACAGUUUUGUGUUGGGCCGCUUGCGCCUCAGCGGGGCGGAGUUUGUUUGCGUGUGGGAGUUGGUUUGCGUGCGGGGUUCGUUUUCCUUGGCACCGAGCACACCUGGGCUAGCGAGUCGACAGCCAUCCUUGUAUAUCGAAUUUUCUGUAGUAGAAACCGCCACACUUUUCAGAUGCAGAUCCCAAGCAGCCAUUAGUAUCUGACCCCGCAGAUGAGUCAGUGCCAGAUGAUCCACUUAUCCCAAUUUUGAGGCCCGUGUCCAGCAGUUUGUUAUCUCGCACAUCCAGUUUUUUCCGACGAUAGCAAACAAACAACUACAUUAACCAUGCCUCCGGACAAUGAUCCCCACCAACCUUACGUCGAAGACGAUGAUCUGAACACGGACGAAAUCCAAGCAGCGCGCGUGCUCCACGCCGUGAGCAGUUCGGAAGGAAAGUUGAAGCUGGUGAAGGACAACUUUGUUGCUGAUACGGAAAUCGAAAUCGAAAACAGCGGCUGCAAUGCUAGUACUUCAUCGAGCAACCCCUGGCGUCCCUUAGUCGAGGACGUGGCUCGGCGGAGUUACAGCUAUGUUUGCAGGUUUGUGCAACAAGGAAAGCAAGACAAAAGUCUCGACGACUCAACCCCCUCUACAACUUCCUCCUCUUUCACGAAAUCAGAGCUCGACUCGUGGUUUCGGCAGCUGCACCCAGACACCCUCGGCGUAAACACCACCGGCGCGUGGACGGAUGCGUACUACAAGGGAAGUCUGCUACUGCGGAAGACCGCGUGGUGCGUGUUUGAUGAAAGUUGCGAGUGCGAAUACGGGUACUCCGACACGUGGCAGAAGCAGAUCACGAAUGCGAAGAUGAAGGACUGUCUGUGGGAGAUCACGGCCAGAGUGAAGGAGAUCUGCGGACUGGUCAACAGUAGAGCACUACAGGAUGGAACCAAUCAUGAUGAAAAGCACGCAGAAGAUGAGCUGAUAAACUGCGUGAACCUAAACUACUACCCAACAGGCGGCGGUGUAGGGUUCCACGCGGACGACGAGUUUCUGUUUGAUGGGCUGAACCGAGACACCUGCAUCAUCUCUUUGUCGCUGUGCAGCGCUGGUGAUAGCCCUCCAUCGAAUGACCAAAAAUCCGAAGAGCAGCCUGUUCGAGUUGCUGAUGACCAACGGCAGGACCAGGAGGAAGUCGCGCAUAAGUCCGGCGCGCGCAAGUUUCAGGUGCGCUUGAAGAAAGCGUUUAUGAAGAAGGAUGACCCGCAUGGGAUUGGGACAACUGGCAAGAACGCUGGACAAGGAAGUGGCGGCUUGCCAUCAGCUGCGAACUCUUCAGGGAAUCCUGAAAUCCACGAGGUCAUACUGAAUCACGGAGACCUGAUGACCAUGGAGGGCUUGUUUCAGCUGUAUUACCUGCACUCGGUGUGGCCGGGGGACGAUCGGAACUACAAGGAGCACCCAUUAACGCAGGGAGAACGGAUCAAUUUGACUUGGCGAACGAUCGUGAAGCAUUUGGAUGGGAGUGAGGAGUGCAGGGGGAUGAAAUGUCCCUUGGUGGAGGGCUGAGGGGCGCGAAGUCGUGAUGUAGUUUGAGGAGAAUAAAGCGUGGCUAUCACGACAAUUUUGGAAAUGAACGAGCUUGAUAAAACGGAUUCCGAGGACAAACCCAAAUCCCAUACCUUUUUCCGGCACACCAUGCGUGUGACUUUUUCCUGCGGAGAGUUUCAUGUGAAGUAGUA